AUUACAACGGAUCUCUUUAUUCUGUUGAUGAUUAACUUUCAAGAAAAGUAUAGUUGAUGGACCGCUUAAUAAUGCGGCGCGUUAUCAACAAAGUUAAUUUUAAACCGGAAGGUUGGUAAACCUUAUCAGUUUGCUGUAACGCUUUGUUAUUGCAUUAGAGGAUGAUAAACACAUUCACACACACACCUUGAGGUACUAUUUAAGAGCUUGCAAACAAGCAUUAUCGUUAUUCGAAUUCAAUAUACUCCAAUAAGUAGUUCGCCGAACGUGUGAAAUCCACCACCAGUGUAUGUGCAGUGCAGUGAAAACAAAUGCUUGAAGCCAGCAGUGAAGUUGCGGGAGCUACCUAUCAACGUGCCUCAUCUUAUACUGGGUGCUAAGAUAACAAAGGGGAAAUUCGAGGAGUCAGUGCUGCUAGAGUUGGAGAAAAACGUAGUGUUUCUGCCAGGCCGGGUGACGGAAGCAUUCAAGACCCAAAUCGACAAAUUUGAAGCAGCCAAGUACACCGUUACGUUUACUGGACUAGAAGAGGGAAAUUUCCAUCCAGCAACGAAAUUUUUAAUUAAGGAAGUUCAAUUUGUGUAUCAUAAAUGGAGUCGGUGAGUAACAAUAUCAAACGUAUCUUUCAAAAAGCUUUCAAACAACUUCAAAAUAACAGUAGUGAUGACGAUAAACGAAAAUGGAUUAAGAGUGCUAACAGUCAAAUUAGGAUUUUGAAUAAAGCCAUUAGAAAAAAAGAAUGGAAUCAUGGUAUUUUGGUUAAGUUCCAGAGCGAUCUUUGUUAUUUUAAACAUUUUAGAAAUCAUCUCAAAAGCUUGUUAGGUCCUCAUUGUGGGCGAGGUAUUUCUAAAAAACGUAGCGAUAGACUAAAAUGGGAGGAUGUUCAGUCGGCAUUUUCCAGUAGAGUUCGUACUGGAGUCACUAUCAAUUUGAAACACAAAGAUAUAGUUCAGUUUUUAAAUGAUGCAUUUUUUCUAUUUAAAUCUCGUAUAACAAACAUUUUAAAAACAUGUCUGAUGAUCAAAGUAAACACGGUAUUUUGCGGGGAAUUUAUUAAAAAAGCAGUAAAUGAAGAAGAAGAGAGAUCAGAAUUGAAAUAUUUUAAUACGAAAAAUGAAUUUAUCGAUUGCGAUACUACCCUCACCGAAUGGUUUGCUGAGUUCGUUAUCGAAAAAUUUUUUAAUAAACUGCAGGAAUUUAGUGAAAAAGAUAGCGGUUUCGCGCUUAGUAAAAUAAUACAUUUAGAAGUGAAUAUUAAUCAAUCUGGCUUUAGCAAUAAUGCUGGAUCAUCCUAUAUCAGACUUCCUCAACAGAUUGCAAUUAAAAAUGCUUGCGUUAACGUAAAAAAUUAUGAUGAUAACGCAUGCUUUCUUUGGGCAAUAAUAUCCGCCUUAUAUCCGGUAGCCGUGAAUGCAGACAGAAGCUCUUCUUAUCCACAUUACAGCUCGGGCAUAUUUAAUUUAGAUGGUAUUGAAACACCUGUAUCAUUAGCUGACAUUACAAGAUUCGAAAAAAAUAUUGACAUUUCAUUCAAUAUUUUCAUCUUAGAAUUAACAAGCAAAAAUAACUAUGUUACCUCACCAGCACGAUUAUGUAAAAAUAAAAGGACAAAACAUUUAAAUCUACUACUGAUUCAAAACAUAUAUUAUCCAAAUAAUUGUGAAAAUAUACCCAACGAUACUCCUAUUACAUAUCAUUAUUGUUGGAUAAAAAAUUUAUCCCGUCUAGUUUCAUCACAGACAAAUAAGCACCAUGGGAAAAAAGUUAUUUGCGAUAGAUGUCUCAAUUAUUUUUCAUCCAAAGAGCAGCUAGUUCAACAUGAUGAAUAUUGCGUUAAGAGAAAUAACUGUAGGAUUUCAUUUUCCUCAGAAAAGCAUAUACAAUUCAAGAAUUUCAUUACCAAACAAAAACUACCUACCGUUUAUCAUGUAUGCUGAUUUUGAGUCUAUAUUAAACACACACACAAAAUUUUUCAAAAACUCAAAAAUAUCAGAAACAUGUUCCUUUCAGUGCAGCAUAUUAUUUUAAGUGUAACUAUGAUGAUACCUUAUCUUUUUACAAAUCGUUCAGAGGUGAAGAUUGCAUGGUUUGGUUUGAAAAUCAGUUGGACGAAUUAGCAAAGUUUAUUCAAUCGAAAAAUAAAAAUAUCAUUCCAAUCGUUGUGAAUCCGUCUAUGGAUAGAACUUGUUGCCAUAUAUGUGAAAAUAGUUUCAAAUCUACGGAUAAAAUCGUAGUUGAUCAUGAUCAUUAUACCGGGGAACAGAAAGGCUUUGCGCAUGAGCAGUGUAACCUCAAUUUUAAAAAGAACUAUUCCAUACCGGUGGUGUUCCAUAACCUUUCAGGGUAUGAUAGUCACUUUAUAAUACCCCCAUUUAGCGAAGCAUAACAAACUAACGUGUUUACCAGUUAACAAGGAAAAAUAUAUAACCUUUACUCAAG